AUGGGGAAGAAAAAGAAAAGUACUCUACAGGUCAUCCUGGAAGAUGCCGGAAUAGAGUUUGAUGGAGAAGUGGAAACUGACACAGAGAGUGAAGAAGAUGAAGUAACUAACAAAAAGAAGAAAACUAACAAACAACCCCUCAGGGAAACUGGCAGAGCAAGCAGACUUCAAAGCAAAAAGCAAGAGAAAGACAUAGAAGAAAAAGAAGACAAAGAAGAAGAUGAAAGCAAAGAGGAAGACAAUGACAGCCAACAAAACAGAGCUUCUAGGAGAAAAAAUUACCAAAGGAGAAAUGGAGAUGGAAAAAAGGCAAGAGAGGAAAGAAGCCAAAAGAAAGACAGAGGCAAAAUGGCUCCUAACAAAGAUCAAAAGGAGUCAGGAAACAAAGAAAAGAAAACAACGAAGAGAGGGAAGGAGGGGGAGAAUAAACAGAAGAAAGACAGGAAAAACAGUACUUCUUCUUCCUCCAACUCCUCUGAUGAGGAGUCUCUGUCAGAGGAGGAGCUCGCAAUGCUGAAGGAGCAGGUGGAGCAAAAGAAAAAACUGAUUUCCACAAUGAGGAACAAGCCCUGGAGGAUGGUGAAGAAGCUCUCGGUGCUCAGGGAGGCACAAGAUUUUGUAGAGAAGUAUGAAGGAGCUCUUGGAAAAGGAAAGGGCAAAAAGUUGUAUGCAUAUAAGAUGAUGAUGGCGAAGAAAUGGGUGAAAUUCAAGAGAGACUUUGAGAAUUUUAAAACUCAGUGCAUUCCCUGGGAGAUGAAGAUAAAGGAAGUGGAGAGUCACUUUGGCUCCUCCGUUGCUUCCUACUUCAUAUUUCUGCGGUGGAUGUAUGGAGUAAAUCUUGUCCUUUUUGGGUUAAUAUUUGGACUGGUUAUAAUUCCAGAGGUCCUGAUGGGAAUGCCAUAUGGGAGUUUGCCAAGGAAAACUGUACCCCGGGCUGAACAAGCAACAGCUAUGGAUUUUUCAGUUCUCUGGGAUUUUGAGGGCUACAUCAAAUACUCAGCACUAUUUUAUGGCUACUACAACAACCAGAGGACAAUUGGCUGGUUGAAAUACAGGCUGCCAAUGGCAUAUUUCAUGGUUGGGAUCAGCGUGUUCGGCUACAGCCUGAUGGUUGUUAUAAGAUCGAUGGCACGCAAUGUCAAUGAAAGCACGGCAGAUGGAGAUGAUGACAACUUCAUUUUCAGCUGGAAAAUGUUCACCAGCUGGGACUACCUCAUUGGCAACCCAGAGACAGCAGACAACAAAUUUGCAUCCAUCACCACCAGCUUCAAGGAGUCUAUUGUAGAUGAGCAAGAAAGCAACAAGGAUGAGAAUAUCCACCUGAGGAGGUUCCUGCGGGUUUUGGCCAAUGUCCUCAUCAUAUGCUGCUUGUGUGGGAGUGGCUACCUAAUUUAUUUUGUGGUGAAACGCUCCCAGACAUUUUCCAAAAUGCAAAAUGUUGGGUGGUAUGAGAGAAAUGAGGUUGAAAUUGUGAUGUCCUUGCUGGGCAUGUUUUGCCCUCCACUCUUUGAAACCAUCGCUGCACUAGAAAAUUACCAUCCCCGCAUUGGGCUGAAAUGGCAGCUGGGGCGGAUCUUUGCACUCUUCCUGGGCAACCUCUACACAUUCUUGUUGGCCUUGAUGGACGAUGUCAACGAAAAACUGGCAGAAGAGGAUGUGGUAAAAAACAUCACACACUGGACACUGCUUGGUCACCACAACUCGUCUUCAGGGAAUGACAGCACUAUCACCCCACCUCCCCUUGACCCUGCAGAUGUGCCCAGGGGACCCUGCUGGGAGACAACUGUUGGCAUUGAGUUCAUGAGGCUCACUGUGUCUGAUAUCCUGGUGACCUACAUAACCAUUCUGGUGGGAGAUUUCAUUCGAGCUUGCUUUGUCAGAUUUGUGAAUUACUGUUGGUGCUGGGACCUAGAGGCUGGAUUUCCAUCCUACGCAGAGUUUGACAUUAGCGGCAACGUUUUGGGUUUGGUUUUCAACCAGGGCAUGAUUUGGAUGGGAUCCUUUUACGCACCAGGGCUCGUGGGUAUAAACGUGCUGCGCUUAUUAACCUCCAUGUAUUUUCAGUGCUGGGCUGUUAUGAGUAGCAAUGUCCCUCAUGCAAGAGUCUUCAAAGCAUCCAAGUCUAACAAUUUUUACAUGGGAUUGGUGCUGCUGAUCCUCUUCCUCAGCCUCCUGCCUGUGGCCUACACCAUCAUGUCCCUGCCUCCCUCGUUUGACUGUGGACCUUUCAGUGGAAAGAAAAGGAUGUAUGAUGUCAUUCAAGAGACCAUUGAGCUUGAUUUUCCACUUUUUGUUGCCAAGAUCUUCAGCUAUGUGGCAAAUCCAGGACUGAUCAUACCUGCAAUUCUGCUCAUGGUCCUCACCAUCUAUUACCUGAAUGCUGUGUCUAAAGCAUAUCAGCGUGCCAAUGCAGAGCUGAAGAAAAAAAUGCAAAUGCAACGCAAAGAGGAAAAAAACAAGAGAAACAACAAAGCCAGUACCAACCCUAUGCUGCAAGAUCUGGAGGAUCUACUUACAACAAGUACAAAGACUGAAAGUCCUCCCAAACAAGCAGAAGACAAGAAAACGGAGUCUCUGAACGGAACUGGCCCUGUUGGGAAACCAGGCAGAGAUGUCCUGGCUGGCAGCCCCAUGGCCGGCGGGAGAGGAGCAGCAUUCACCCCACCACCUCAAGUGUUUGUGACACAGCCACAGACACUGGGCAUUCGGGCACCCUACCCUGGCCAGCCCAGGCCAUGGGAGCACCCCCUGGGACCAGGCCCUGGAAGAGGGAGAGGGCAGCCAUGCUACCAAAGGGCUGCUCGAUAA